AUGGACCAUCAUCAGAAAUUAACAAUUACAUUGUCCACAAAAACAACCGGUAAAUUUUCAGCUGGAAUGUUUUUCAAUAAAUUCGUUGAUACUUGUGAUUCAAAAUUAUGUUUGUUCACAAAUCCAAAAACACCAGAAAAUGAUAGAAUAGAAACACCUUUAAGAUCCAAAAUUGUAUAUGUUAUUUCAAUAAGUUUGCCGUAUUUGAACAAGCUGAAUAAUAUUGAUACUAACAACCUAAUAAAUACUACUUCUUCACAAGUAUUAUCACAACAAACACAUCAACAAUUACACCAACCACAGCCAAUAAAUUCCCAUCCACAUCCACAUCAAAUAAUAAAAAAUGAAUUGUUUCAAAAUAAAAAAUUUGACAUACCAUCCAUAUCAAUUACCCAACCAACAAUUGCAACACCGUCAUCAUCAAUAUCAACUAACAAUUCAAACCAGGCAGUAAUAGGUUCGGCUGUUAACGUUGAAAUUACUCCCACCAGUAAUGGCAACGAAAAUGAAAUGUCUGAAAAAGAACUGAAAACACUUCAAGCUCAAUUAUCAGCAUAUCGAGUUGACAAAGAUUUACUUCAACGUGAAAUUGAAAAAUUACAAGAGAAGUCAUUAAGUGCAGAGUUGCAAUACAAACAAAUUAUUUCCACUUGUUGUAAAAUUGAUCUUGAUAAAGUGGAUGAUUUUGUGGAAACUAUAUUGGGAGAAGUUGAUAAUGAUCUUGAAGACGAAUUUAGUUUGGGAAGGAUAGGAGAAAUAUUGGGUAAAUUGGAUAAAGAAGCUUCGCAAUUGUAA